AUGGCAAAAUUUCGAAAGAAGAGCUUUCUCAAGAAGGUCCUGCAAAAUCUGGGCACAGCGACAAGUGAUGCAGAAAUUGAAAGCAUGAUAACGAAUGCUGAUUUAAACCAAAACGGCUUUGUAGAAUUUGAAGAAUUUGUAAAUCUGAUGAAGAACUACUGUCCUUCCAUGAGCUCUUCCCAGUCCAUUAUUGAUGCAUUUAACGUCUUCGACAUUGACGGAGACAAAUUUAUCAGUCGAGAAGAGAUCCGGGUGACGAUGUCACGAUUAGGUCAAAAUUUGACGUCUCGGGAGCUGGACGAAAUGGUCGCAGAAUGA